AGAUGGGGCUUAGACCUCCUCUUCCUCUGUCCUCUUGCUAACUGGCUAUGCCAACAAAAACAGCACCUAAGAAGGCAAAGGGUUUCAACACUGCAAGUUGAGAGGAAAGUUUACAUACUUCAUUUCCAGAGACAUUUUGUUGUGGAAAUUUGGCUCAGGUUUUUCAGCUAGACCAAGCAUCUAGUCCUCAGCCCCAGGGAUCAUGGCCAAAGAUGCUGGUCUGAUUGAAGCCAAUGGGGAGCUGAAGGUUUUCAUUGAUCAGAACUUGAGCCCUGGCAAAGGUGUGCUGUCUUUAGUAACAGUGCAUCCACAGACUAUGGCAGUGGGAAAACAGCUGUUGCCGAAAACACUGGGCCCUUCCAACGUGAACAUCACACCACAUAUGAUCAUUAGCACACCUCAAAGGCCCAGUGGCUCCAAUGUGAUCCUAAUGAACAGCCCGCACACACCCAGCUCUCAGUUUAUCACUCAGAGUCAACCAUCAGAAGCCUCUCCAUGGUCUUCAGGGAAGAGGGGUAAGAAGGGGGAGAAGAACGGUAAAGGACUCCGACAUUUUUCCAUGAAGGUUUGUGAGAAGGUCCAGAGGAAAGGGGUCACAACCUACAAUGAAGUUGCUGAUGAGCUUGUGGCUGAGUUCAGUUCUGGUGAUAAUCAUAUUUCCCCGAAUGAUUCGCAUGUCUAUGACCAAAAGAACAUUCGACGGCGUGUGUACGAUGCACUAAAUGUGCUGAUGGCCAUGAACAUUAUCUCCAAAGAGAAAAAGGAGAUAAAGUGGAUUGGCCUGCCCACAAAUUCUGCUCAGGAGUGUCAGAACCUUGAGGUGGAGAGGCAAAGACGUUUGGAGAGAAUCAAACAAAAACAGUCACAACUCCAAGAGCUCAUUUUACAGCAAAUUGCCUUCAAGAACCUUGUACAACGAAACCGCCAGAGAGAACAACAGACGAAAAGGCCCCCACCUGCCAACUCAGUCAUCCACCUGCCAUUUAUCAUUGUCAACACCAGCAAGAAAACAGUCAUUGACUGCAGUAUCUCCAACGACAAGUUCGAGUACCUCUUUAACUUCGACAGCAUGUUUGAGAUUCACGAUGAUGUUGAGGUGUUGAAGCGCAUGGGCAUGGCCUGUGGUCUUGAGGAUGGCAAGUGCUCUGCUGAGGACCUGAAGACUGCCAGGAGCUUGGUGCCCAAAGCACUAGAACCCUAUGUCACAGAAAUGGCACAGGGACCCAUCAGUAAUGUCUACAUGACAGGGUCAUCAUCGACUAAUGGAGGUCGCUAUCAUGUUGGGAGUGAUAUUGGAGCAGAUGCCACAAUGGCCUCUAGUUCUAAUGACUCCCACUACAGCGGCUCUCGCGUCGAGACCCCCGUCUCUUACAUGGGGGAGGAUGACGACGACGAUGACGAGUUUGACGAAGACGAUGAUGACUAAACCCGCCCCUCAUUCGCCUGUCCAUCGUGCACAAGUUCUUCCAGCUGCCAUGUCCGAGGAUCGAUCAACCACACAGUCCUUUUCGCUCUUCUGCAACUCGGUUUAUUUCACUCUUUACAUGAGAAGGGCAUUGAAGAACACAGGCUUUAAAGGGAUGAGUUAUUUCAUACCCUUCUUUCUGAGCUCAGGACAGGCACAUCAUUGGCCGUGUGCUUUGCCUGCUGGGAAUUCUAGUUUUUAGCCGAAGGACUUUGCUAAAGAGGCGUUGCUGUUUCCUGUUGCGACGCUCCUGUCGGAUGUUAUCCGUGUGUGACGCCCCGAAACCUUCCCUCCUCCCGCGUACAGCCAUGGAAAACCCUGUUGGAAAGUGUUGUGUGAUAUCUGUGUGAAAUAGUUCUCUUCUUCUUUUGAAUGAUCAUUUUGUGUUUGAAUGUGCUGGCUUGCAUUUGCAUUCUGAAGGUUCGGGAUUGGCGUCUGCAUCGCAGACUGACGACUCGAAGAACUUACGAAGCCAGCUGCUAUUUUUUGCCCCAUUGAGGGCAGGUCUUUGGAUGUGUGGACUCUUUCGUAUGCUAACCUGAUGAUUUCUUGCAGACAUUUUUUGUAGAAUCUCCUCUUAUGUGUGUUUGGCUCCCUCUUUUUGGAGGACUCUGAGAAGUCAGUCUUUUUCUUUGUUUGUUUUCUGAGCUUCAUAAACCAACCAGUCUUCGGGACACCAGAGGACAACUUCAAUACCUACGAGCAGUUAUAGGAAAAAAUGCUUCGUUUCUCAAUGACAACAAAUCUUCUGAAUUUGUGUCUAGUGUCCUUCCUGUGUCAGUUAUAUCUUGGAGCGUGUAAGAUUAUUGUUCUGUAUUAAAAAGAUAUGGGCUUUAGGUCUCUGGUUUUCCCUUUGAGAAUUUCCUUUAAAAAACUGAAUCCUUGUACUGACUCCUCAGAGUAAUUUUUCUGUAAUCUAAUAUAAGUUUCAAAUUUAAAUAUAUAGAAUGUUUUAAGAACUCGAUCUCGAUGUGUUUAUUUGCGACACUAAUGUAAUACUACUAAUUUCAUUAAACUUUAUUUUAUAUAUUU